AUGACUACUUGUUAUUUAUCGAAAGAUCAACAAAUUGAAUUAACUCAAAUAGCUCAAAGUUUAGCUACAUUGGGUAAAGGAAUUUUAGCUGCAGAUGAACCAGCAGAUAUCAUUGAAUCACGUUUUUCACCAGUAAAUAUUGAAAAUACUGAAGAAAAUCGUCGAUAUUAUCGUCAAGUAUUAUUUCGUACAAAAGAAUGUUCACAAUAUAUAAGUGGUAUUAUAUUAUGUCAUGAAACAUUUCAUCAUAAAACUGAUGAUAAUAAUACAUUAUUUCCUUGUUUAAUAAAAGAAAAUGGUAUUAUAACAGGUAUUACAGUUGAUAAAGGUUUGGUUGUAUUAGGUGGAACAGAGAAUGAAACAAUAACACAAGGUUUAGAUAGUUUGGAAGAACGAUGUCGAGAAUAUAAAAAACUCGGUGCACAAUUUGCUAAAUGGCGAGCUUUGAUUAAAAUUAGUCAUCAUACUCCAUCACAAUUAGCAAUUAAUGAAAAUGCAUCAGCACUUGCUAGAUAUGCUUCAAUUUGUCAACAGUGUGGUCUCGUACCUAUUGUUGAACCAGAAGUAUCUCAAGAUGGUGAUCAUGAUCUUGAAGAAUGUCAACGUAUAUCUGAAAAAGUUUUAGCAACAGUUUAUAAAGCAUUAAAUGAUCAUCAUGUUUACCUUGAAGGAACACUUCUUAAACCUAGUAUGGUUACUCCAGGUAAAAAUUCAACAAAGAAAUAUUCAAUUGAACAAAUUGCAGAAGCAACUGUUAUUACAUUUCGUCGAACGGUACCAACUGCUGUACCAGGAAUAAUGUUUCUUUCUGGUGGACAUAAUGAAGAAAAUUCUACACUUUAUUUAAAUGCUAUUAAUCGUGUUCAACUUUAUAAACCAUGGAUAUUAUCAUUUAGUUAUGGACGUGCACUUCAAUCAUCAGUUUUACGUGCUUGGAAAGGUGAUAAAGCUAAUGAUGAACAAGCACGAAAAGAAUUUCUUCGUUUAGCUAAACAAAAUAGUCUUGCUUCAAUGGGAAAAUAUGAAGCAAUUAUGUUUCGUCAUAAUUCAUCAUCAUCAAUGAAAUAUAUAUUAGUUACUGGUGGUGUUAUUAGUGGCAUUGGCAAAGGUAUUAUUUCGUCAAGUAUUGGUACAAUACUUCGUUCUCAUGGAUAUCGUGUAACAUCAAUUAAAAUUGAUCCAUAUAUAAAUAUUGAUGCAGGAACAUUUUCACCAUAUGAACAUGGAGAAGUUUUUGUACUUGAUGAUGGCGGUGAAGUUGAUUUAGAUUUGGGUAAUUAUGAAAGAUUUCUUGAUGUAACAUUACAUCGUGAUAAUAAUAUAACAACCGGUAAAAUCUAUCAAUAUGUUAUUGAUAAAGAACGUCGUGGUGAUUACCUUGGAAAAACUGUACAAGUUGUACCACAUAUAACAGAUGCAAUACAAGAAUGGGUUGAACGUGUUGCACGUAUAUCUGUUGAUGAAGAUAAAGCUGAACCAGAUAUAUGUAUAAUUGAACUUGGUGGUACAAUUGGUGAUAUUGAAAGUAUGUCAUUUGUUGAAGCAUUUCGACAAUUUCAAUUUCGUGUAAAGAAAGAAAAUUUUUGUUUGGUUCAUGUCAGUCUUGUUCCACAACCAAAUUCAACUAAUGAACAUAAAACUAAACCAACACAACAUAGUGUAAAAGAACUUCGUGGUUAUGGUUUAACUCCUGAUCUUAUUAUCUGUCGAUCUGCUACACCAAUGCCAUUAUCAGCUAAAGAAAAAGUUUCAAUGUUUUGUCAAGUUGAUAAAGAACAUGUUAUUUGUAUACCUGAUGUCAAAACAUUAUUUCGUGUUCCAUUAUUAAUGGAAGAAAAUGGUGUGUUUAAUUUUUUAACAACACGUCUUAAUUUAGUUCCAAAAUCAAAUUAUGAUCGUUCACUUAUGAUUAAAUGGCGUGAUCUAGCUGAACGGUAA